GAGCUUUAUCAGCAGACCCAAUAGGGUAAGAAUAUUAAGUCAAUACCACAGCUUUAUUAGCAGCCUCCAGCACGGAGUAAGGCUUCAGAUCCCGAUACUGGUCAGAGGAAGAGGAAGGAGAAGGAGCAGCAGCAGCAGCAGCAGCAGCAAUCUUCAAAGACUCCGCUGAGCCUUGAUCGGUUGGACCGGACCGGUGGGUCAAGCCGGCCCAAAAAUGGUCCCCCCACCGACUCAGUCGCCUCUCGAGGCGCCUCUCCAGAUGUUGCUGCAAGCCUCGGCCACCCCUGGCUCCAGCCCUGACCCAGGCACCAGCCCCAGCGCUGCCACGGACACCUCAUCCCCCCCACCACCAGAUGGCAGUCCCUGGCCCCCCAACGGCUCCUGGCCGGUGGGCAGAGGCCGGGGUCUGGGAGGGGGUGAGGGGGUGAGCCCGUGGGACAUCGCCCUGUGCGCCGCAGGCACAGUCAUGGCCUUCGAGAACGCCCUGGUGUUGGCCGUGCUGUGCUGCACCCCCAGCCUUCGGGCUCCCACUUUUAUGCUUAUAGGUAGCCUCGCCCUGGCGGACCUCCUGGCUGGCGUGGGCCUGGUGGCCAACUUCGUUGCCAGAUGCGUGAUGGAUCCUGUGAGCGACGCUGUAGCCCUGUGUUUGGCUGGCUUACUACUGUCUGCCUUUUCGGCUUCGGCUUGUAGUCUGCUGGCCAUCACGGUUGAUCGGUACUUGUCCCUGUACAGCGCUCUCACCUACCAGGCCGAACGCACUCUGCCCUUCACCUGUGGUCUCCUGGCGGCUCUCUGGCUCACCUGUCUCGGCAUUGGCGCUCUCCCUGCUAUGGGCUGGCACUGCCUCGACGCCCCUGCCACCUGCAGCGUCCUGAGCCCCCUGACCAAGGAUCAGGCGGCCGGGCUGUCUGUGUCCUAUCUCUUUCUCUUUUCCUUCAUCCUGCAUCUCUACCUGCAGAUUUGCCGGGUGGCCUUCCGCCACGCGCAGCAGAUAGCGGUCCAGCGCCACAUUGUCAACAAUGCUGGCUCUCCCAUGCCGUCUGCCUUCUGCCUGGUGUCCGGCACUCGCAAGGGCGUGUCCACUCUCUCCCUGGUCCUGGCCACCUUCGCCUUCUGCUGGGUGCCUCUGGCCGUCUACGCCAUGGUGGCUGACCCUACCUAUCCGCAGGUCUACACCUACUACCUGGCGCUGCCAGCUGCCUGCCACUCGGCCAUUAAUCCGGUGGUGUACGGCUUUCGCAACCCAGAGAUCCGAAGGUCUCUGAACGUUGCCUACACCACCUACUUGCGCUCCCUCUUCUCCCGACCUCGGGCUGCCACCAGCAACGUCUGAGGCUCGUGGCGAGGGAGCGGGGCGAAGGUCCGGGAGGAGAGGUUGAGGAGUGUCAAGGGGGCUGAAAACGGAGGGGGGUGGACGAGCCAGGGGCUUCUCGGCUGAGAAGUCCUGGACCAGAGGAGGGAGGGGCAGGGAGCCCUGAAGGUGGAGGGGGGGGGGGGUCUGGUGAGCAUAGAGCAAAGUGGAGAGAGGAGGAGUGAGAGACCCCUUCGGGGGCAGAGCUGCCCCCUCGUGAAAGAAUCAGCCUCUGGCCUUUCGCCCCCUGACCUUGACGCCUCCCUCCCGGGGUGCAAGGCUUUCCCCCCCAACCCAGCUCCAUGCUCUUCCCGCUCCAACUCUGGAGCGGUUUCACGCUGGCUGCUCUGUGCGCAUUUGUGCGUGUUUGUACGUGUUUGUGCCCAUUGUGCUGGUGGAAGCAGGAGCACUAUCCCAAAAUUCUCCAACUCGAGGCGGGGGGGUUUGGGGGGGUCCCCACAACCUUCCAAGGAACCCUAGACUGGGAAGACAGAAAGAACAGGAUCUCCUGGGAGGAGAUGAUGAUUGGGGUCCUCCACUGGAAAUGGGGGAGGCUUCUCCCUUGCUAGCCCCCGCUCUCUCCCUUUCCCCCAGAUCCUAUUCCCUCCCUCCCUUCCCCAAUCCAAAACGGGCAUUUUGCCCCCGAAGCACCUCUGGAGUGCUGAGUUUCAGCACCAGCAAGCAGAGAGAGCUCCCGGCUGGGAGAAGUCUUGAGUUCUACAAAGCAAGUCUCCUGGGGAGGCCGCAGGCUUGCUCCCUCCCUCUCAGGAAAGGUCGUGGUCAAGAGGACUCAGAAGGGAAAAAAAGUGACCUCUGCAUCAUUGUCACUGGUUUUAGAUUGCCAAUCCAGAGGUGGCUUACUACCCUACUCCCAAUCUCUGUAGUGUUUGCAAUGCGCAUUGAAAGACCCUCUCCUUCCUAGCCAAGGGAAUGGAGUGCUUCUUAGAAGCACAUCCCACCCCCAGGUUCAGAGUUGCUUUUGGAGAGCAACUAGCUAGGGGAAACUCCCGAGCCCCCACUGUCCUCGCCCCUGGAAGUAUUAGACUCCUAUUGGGGGGUGGGAAUUUCAGUGUCUACAGACAGUAGUUGUGGGAGGAAGAGAUGAAAGAGGGUGCAAGAAUGUAUGUUCUGAACUCAGUAAGCCCUUCCCCUGCUGAAUCCACCUGUGUAUCUAGCAAUGUGUUCAUAGUAAAUUCUCAAAAAGAUUUGGAUUGCUUGCUCUCCCAUCUUGUGCAAGGUUGUGGUGCAAAAUAAAGUCUUUUAUCUGCAAAUCAA